AUGGCUAUAAAUACCAGCUUCCCCUUUGCCUUAUUUCAUGGGAAGAAAUCAUUUUUAAGGAAAAUGAAAACACCUUUCCGCCUCAUAACUUUCUUCUUGAUCUUCUUUUUUCUUUCUAGUGCAUUGCUUCAUUUCAACCAAUGCUAUGCUAAGGAAAGAACCCCUUCUUCUUCGUUGGUGUUAAGUUUAACUCGUUCGAAAAAUAGCCUUUCGAUUCCCAAGUCUUCGUAUAACUCGGUGAAAAAAACCUUUGAGACAUUGGACGACAUAAUGGAGCCAUUGAGAGAAGUGAGGGAUGGUUAUUUGAUAACUUUGAAUUUGGGAACACCCCCACAAAUUAUCCAAGUGUAUAUGGAUACAGGGAAUGACCUUACUUGGGUACCUUGUGGAAACCUAUCCUUCGAUUGUAUAGAUUGUGAUGAUUAUAAGAAUCACAAGUUAAUGUCAAGCUUCUCUCCUUCAUUUUCAUCUUCUUCCUCUAGGGAUUUUUGUGAUAGCCACUCUUGUAUUAAUAUCCAUAGCUCCGAUAACGCGUUCGAUCAAUGCACAGUUGCAGGAUGCUCUUUAAGUAGCCUACUUAAGGGCACUUGCUCAAGACCAUGUCCUUCUUUUGCUUACACCUAUGGUGAAGGUGUUGUAACUGGAACCCUAACUAGGGAUACCCUAAGAGUACAUUCAAACCCUAAUUCUAAUAUUAGGGAAGUCCAAAAGUUUGUCUUUGGAUGUGUUGGAACAACUUAUAGAGAGCCUAUUGGGAUUGUAGGGUUUGGGAAAGGUCCACUUUCUUUACCUUCUCAAUUAGGGUUUCUUCAAAAGGGUUUUUCACAUUGCUUCUUGCCUUUCAAGUUUGCAAAUAACCCUAAUAUGUCAAGCCCUCUAGUUGUAGGUCAACAAGCUAUUUCUUCUAAAGAAAAUUUCCAAUUUACUCCUAUGUUGAAAAGCUCUAUGUACCCUAACUUCUAUUACAUUGGCCUAGAGGCCAUAACUGUGGGGAAUGGUGGUGCCACUGCACAAGUACCCUUAGCCUUGAGAGAAGUUGAUUCUUUAGGCAAUGGGGGAAUGUUGAUUGAUUCUGGAACCACUUAUACUCACUUACCUGAGCCAUUCUACUCGAAUCUUCUCACCGCUCUUGAAUCAUCGAUAAAUUACCCACGAGCAGAGGAAGUCGAGGCACGAACAGGAUUUGAUCUUUGUUACAAGCUCCCAUGCCCUAGUAACAACAUUAAUACUCUAGCUACCGAUGAUUUCCCUUUAAUUACAUUCCAUUUCUUGAACAAUGUGAGUCUUGUUUUGCCCAAUGGGAAUAAUUUCUAUGCAAUGGGUGCACCAAGAAAUUCAACAGUGGUGAAAUGCUUGUUGUUCCAAAGCAUGGAAGAUUCUGAAGAGGGGCCAGCUGGGAUUUUUGGAAGCUUCCAACAGCAAAAUGUGGAAGUUGUGUAUGACUUGGAGAAGGAAAGGAUUGGAUUUCAAAACACUGAUUGUGCCGCAGCUGCAGCUUCUCAUGGACUUCACAAGAAAUAA